UUCCCUCCGAGCUGAUUUCAAACCUUUUACAUUUUCAAGGCCCAGAGUUUUUAUUGCAACCUGAUCAUCUAUGGCCCGUGUCUACUAUCUCCGAGUUAACUUUACCACCGAUCGAUCAACUCCCUGAGACGAAGUGUACAGCAAAUGUUUUACAUACACACGAAGAGGAGAGUGGUGAAUCAAUUAUUCAACGAUUUUCAUCGUUGACAAAAAUGCAACGUGUGUUGGCGUACUGUUUUCGCUUCGCCCGUCGUCAAAAUAGUCCUAGGAUCAACGGACCAAUCAAUCGGAUGGAAUACGACCAUGCACUGAACGCGGCUAUUCUGUGUACGCAAAUGAAAUAUCUGUCGGAUCUACAUAAACAGGUAAAAAAUAAAGGUUCCAUAACUCCGUCAACUACAGCACAAUUAGCUCCUUUCAUCGACGCAUUAGGGAUCAUCUGAGUCGGCGGGAGAUUAAAACACGCACGGUUAAAUGAAAAUGCGAAAUAUCCAAUUCUUUUACCUCAAAAGACUCAUCUUACAGAGCUAAUCAUUCGACACUUUCAUCUUAUUUCGUUGCACGGAGGGUCACGAUUAGUACUUUCAAUGAUACAUCAAAAAUUUUGGAUCAUUUCCGGCCGAGCAGCUGUCCGCAAUUUUACUUAUUCUUGUGUUCUUUGUACCAGAUUCAGAAGUAUGAACCCACGACCUUUUAUGGGGGAUCUGCCAGCUGUAAGACUUGUAGCAAACCGACCAUUUUUCAACAUUGGGAUGGAUUAUGGUGGACCUUUCAUGGUUCGUGAAAGCCGACGUCGCGGUGCACGUACUAAAAAAAUAUAUUUAGCAGUAUUUGUAUGCAUGUCGGUGAAGGCUGUGCACCUGGAGACCGUAUCAGAUAUAUCCACUGACGCAUUCCUUGCUGCUUUAGACAGGUUCGUCGCUCGACGUGGCAUUCCAGAUAGCAUGUAUACAGAUUGCGGUACAAAUUACGUUGGCGCUGCAAAACAAUUGAAGAAAUUGUUUGAUGAAGUUUCCAAUCAGCAUACAUUAUAUAAUCGUAUACCGUGCAAGUGGCAUUUUAAUCCACCGGGAGCCCCACAUUUUGGCGGGAUUCUGGAGGCUGCCGUCAAGAGCGCAAAGGCCCAUUUGAGGAAGGUGAUUGGCGCUCAAAUAUACACUACCGAGGAAUUCACUACGCUCAUAACGCGGAUCGAAGGUGUUUUGAAUUCUCGACCGAUGCUACCGCUCUCCAGUGAUCCGAGCGACUUAAGCGUGUUGACCCCAGGUCAUUUUCUUAUUGGGCAACCGUUAUUAGCACUUCCAGAAGAGGAUGUAGUAGACAUUCCCACUAACCGUUUAAAUCGUUGGCAAUUACUCCGCCAAGCUCUACAGUCCUUCUGGCGUCGAUGGAGCAAUGAGUAUUUGCACACAUUACAAGGGAGGCAAAAGUGGUUCAAGCAAGUACCAAGCCUAUCGGUUGGCGAUCUUGUUGUCAUCAACACACCGUCACGACCGGCCAUGGCGUGGCAGAUCGGUCGAGUUAUCCAGGUUCACCCAGGUGCGGAUAACAUUGUGCGUGUAGUGACAGUCAAGACGCCGGAAGGUAUUCUCAAGCGUCCUGUUGUCAAGCUAGUGAAACUUCCAGUUGAUCCAAAACCUUAAGAAAGGCUCCCAUAUUACCAACAUAU